AUGGUCCAGUUGCCCUAUGAGCAGUGCGAUCUCGGCCCAGAGCUCAACGGAGCACCCAACUCUGGCUGCUCCAAGGACUGCAAGAAGGUUCCCUGCUGCGGUGAUGGGAUUGUGGCAUUCCCCGAGGAAUGCGAUCUGGGCCAUCGCAAUGGUGAGCUCAACUCCGGUUGCUCCAAAGAUUGCAAGAAGGUCUCUUGUUGUGGUGAUGGACAUGUCGACUGGCCCGAGGAGUGCGAUCUUGGAUCUCUCAAUGGUGAGCUCAAUUCGGGCUGCACCGACGACUGCAAAAAGGCCCCUGUCUGCGGCAACGGGUACAUCGAUCCUGGCGAGGAGUGCGAUGCCGGGCCAAGAAAUGGAGCCUACAACAGCGGCUGUUCAGAUAACUGCACCGUCUGUGACUACUGCGGUGAUGGCAUUCUGGAUGCUCCUGAAGAGGAGUGUGACCUUGGUUGGCAAUUCAACGGUGCCCCUGGGUCCAAGUGCUCUGCCAACUGCACCAAGGUUGACAUACCCUGCCCACCGACAUGCGGCAAUGGCGUCGUCGACCCAGGAGAGCAAUGCGAUUACGGCUCGUUCAAUGGUAGCCCUGGCUGCAAGUGCACAACCAACUGCACUUGGGUCAAGGGGCCCGUCUGUGGCAACGGCAUCACCGAGAAUCCCGAGGAGUGUGAUGACGGUGAUCUCAACGGUACUCCCUCGUCCAAGUGCACCAGCACCUGCACGUUCAAAGAGCCCUGCUACCCUCCGAAUCCAUCAGUCUGCGGAAACGGCAUUGUUGAGCACCCGGAAGAGUGCGACGACGGCUACCUCAACGGCACCCCCAACUCCAACUGCACAAAGACCUGCACCAAGAUAACUCGCUGCACGUCCUCUUGCCCAAAGCCAACGUGCGGCGACGGUCGCAUUGACUACCCCCUGGGAGAGGAGUGCGACGACGGCGAGGCCAACAACGGAAAGGAUUACUCCUCCUGCACGGCUGACUGCAAGCGCAAGAGCAAGCCCAGCACGUGUGCUACCUGCAACCCGAACCCAUUCUUCAACAAGUGCACCAUCACAACGUCUUGCAUCUCUACUCCGUUUGGGCUGGAGAAGAAUUACUGUGCUUGCCGGGCUGGGUACAGAGCUUCUGGCCUGGCGGCUACCGAUCCGAGACAGUUUAGACUUCCUGGAUUCGUGGGACAGGAAUACAGGGUGUUUGUUGCGCCGGGGGUGGAGUGUGAUCAGCUUUGUGAUAGCCCUCACCCGGGACCGGAUAGUUGCAGAGAGGUUCCUGUGAGGGCUGAUUGUGCGUAG